AUGCGGGAGACCAAUGACAUGUGGUUGGCCACAAAUUUCCGCCUGCGACGGGCCAAUGACUUUCAAGCUCUGGAAACCUUUGCCCUCACCGAGGUCAAGAUGCAAAAAGGUGGGCUGAGCAUGGAUGCUAUCGAGGCGCUCAUGAAGUGGCAGCCAGAGCAAAUGGCUGCCAUGCUGGAAGGCCGGCCACCUCCUCCACUUCCUGCGGGGUUGACCCCGGUUGCCAUACAGCAGAUGACCCAGUCUUUGCCAUCCGUUAUGUCGUCCGCGGAGUCAGGGCCAACUUCGCCUCCCUUCACAGCGAAUGCCAGAGCCUUGGAGAGCUCAGUCGUGCAGGAGGAGCUGGAGGCCUUGACCCGAGACCAUGAAGGCUUGAUUCGAUGCGUGGCUGCAUCAUCAGCAUGA